ACUGACAGUAUGGUACAAUAAAAAAAGUCAUCGCAGUGUCAGUGCUUUCACGUAAUUUUUCACGUAUUUUCUUUUCUCAAGUUUUCCCAGUGAAAUCGGUACCUUGAUGACAUUUUCCUGGAAAAUUGAGUGAGAAAUUGUGGUGCGCGAAGGUUGUGGAGCGGAGAACAAGGGCAUUUUCCGAUGACCUUAGAGUCCAACUCAGGCACACAGCAAGGGAUGGCUUUCAUGAUGAAGAAGAAAAAGUACAAGUUUUCCGUGGAAUUGCAGCUGGAUGAGCUGGUGGAAGUUCCCUUUCUCAAUGCAGUUCUCUUUGCCAAGAUCCGCCUGAUGGACGGGGGCUCAUUCCAAGAGUACAGCAGUCGCGAGGAAGUGAAGAAUCAUGCUGUGAAAUGGAGCCAAAAAUUCAAUUUUGUGUGCAAGAUGUCAGCUAAUGCCUCAAAUGGGGUCCUGGAUCCCUGCAAUUUGCGCAUAUCUGUCCGGAAAGAGAUAAAGGGUGGACGUAGCUACCAGAAAUUGGGCUUUAUUGACCUAAAUCUGGCUGAAUUUGCGGGAUCCGGACUUACAUCUAGUCGCUAUUUGCUGGAAGGCUACGAUGCCAAGCACCGUCAGGACAAUUCAAUGCUUCAGGUGUCCAUAAAGAUGUACAUGCUCAGUGGAGAUGUCCUUUUCAAAGUCCCAUCGCCGAGUCUCAAGAACAAACAAAUCGCUAUCCAGGAUGAGGGACCUUCUGGUCAAGGGGUCAAAGGGAAGGUUGGCCUACCACCGUCAACAGGAAGAGCCACUAAAGAUGACUCUUCGAUAGCUUCAGGUUCAUCGGGAUUUGGAUCAUUAACCAAGAAAAAGAAUUUUGAGCAAAAUCCAGGAGAUAGUGAGGGAAAUGCAGUCUUGCCGGGUCUUGUAUGUAGUUCCAGUAAUUCGGAGCUACUGGAUACGGCUGGAAAUACGGAUUCAGGAGCUGUCUUGCCAAACUCCUACACAGUUUCUCUGCAAAAUACACAAUAUGGAGAAAUUGGGCACUCACGCAAUUCAAGCAACACUAGUCAAAUGUCCAAGGGAUCUGGAUACAGCAGUUUCACCCAAAGUCAGCACUCUCGACAGAGUUCCGAUUGUGAUUCCGGGCAAACGAGAAAUAUAAAUCCUGCUCCAUUUACGUCCAGUGAAACAGGAUCGCUAGAUAGGCUCAAGUCAGCGGCAGAAAGGAGGAAAAAAUGUUCUCUGGAUGAUCAUGGACCAGCUGUUUCGGGGAGAGUCGAGGGUACUCGGGUCAAUCCUGUGUUUAUGGUCGAUGAGAUUGUCAAGAAUACCAAAUUGGAUCAAUUGGAAGAGUCAGCAGAAACCUCUGGGUUAAAGCUCUUUAUUGCCCGGGAUGGAUCCACAUCACUUGGCAGUCAUAGUCAUGAGGUUAAGUCUCAACUGCCGGCUGGAGUAUUUAAGCAAGUUAUAAUGGAAAAUCCGAGAUAGUAAUUUUAUUCUUUCUUAUUUCAUUGAUUACUGUGAUGAUAAAUUACACCCUUUAACUCUUAUUUUUAUUUGUUUUCCUAUUUGUUUUUAUUAUUUUUUAAUUUAUAUUAUUAUUUUGUGUCCAAGGAUUUUAUUUUUUUUUUUCGUGUAAAUGUUGUUUCAGUUCUAUAGAGUAAUGAAGAAAAAAACACUGUUUUCCCUCUCACACAUUGAUAAACUAGAUCUUCGUCAAGACAUCACAAAAUUGCUCCAAUUUGUAAAGGAAAAAAAAUCAAACAAAGAGCUUUUCCAUCAAAUACAGUAAAGAAAAAAAAAUCAUCCAAUGUUAAUUGCAGUGACGUAAAAGAGAAAAAAUGUAAGAAGCAGCUUAAUUGUAAAAUCCCCAGAGACUUUUGUUCCCGAUUGUAUUAAAAGAAAGUAUUUUGCCCAGUUUUAUUUGUUUAAAUUGUGUCUCAUUUUCCACUGUAGCUCUUCUCUCUUUUUUUUUAAAUGAAUUGUAUUUUCAAUGGAAGAAGUAAUAUGUGUAUUUUAUAUAAUAUCAAAUAAAAUCAAAUAGUUAAUGAGCAA